UAUUUACCUUUGGUGGUGAAAUUCCUCAUCUCAUCUCAUCAUCUCAUCGCAGCAUCUUCUUCCUCUGCUCCUCUCUCUCUCUCUCUCUUUCUCAGUCGCUCCUCACUUCCUCACCAAACCAAAACCCUAAUUCGCCAAAUCAGAAUCCAUGGACGCUGAUUCCUCUUGGACUGCUCGUCUCUCUUCUGCCUCCAGGCGCUAUCAAUCCGCUCUCCAAUCUCGAUCAGAUAUGUUCAUGGGUUUUGAUGAAAAUGAUGUGGACGAUGACGUAAGGGAGGAGUUUCUAUGCCCCUUUUGUUCGGAGUAUUUUGAUAUCGUUGGAUUGUGCUGCCACAUUGAUGAAGAGCAUCCAAUGGAGGCGAAGAAUGGGGUAUGUCCAGUUUGUGCAUCGAGGGUGGGGGUUGAUAUGGUAGCGCACAUUACCCUACAACAUGGAAAUAUAUUUAAGAUGCAGCGCAAAAGGAAAUCACGUAAAGGUGGGUCUUAUUCAACGCUAUCAUUAUUGAGGAAGGAACUGCGAGAAGGAAAUUUGCAAUCCCUUUUUGGUGGGUCUUCGUGUAUAGUGUCCUCAUCUAAUUCUGCAGCUGAUCCACUGUUGUCGUCGUUUAUAUCGCCUUUAGCUAAUGAACCUACCAGUUCUCAGCCUCAUUUGCACACUGAGACAAGAUCAACCAAGAAAAGCUUGGAUGAGACUGUAUCAAAAAGGAAUGUGGAGACACCAACCUUGUCAGACAAAGAUAAGGAGGAGAAUGCAAAAAGAUGUGAGUUUGUUCAAGGUAUGUUGCUGUCCACCAUGUUGGAUGACGACUUAUGAAGGAAAUUUGUCAAGAUGGCUGCUUCAGUGGCUGGCUAAUUCACAGAUGCGAAACCUGCAACCUAUGGUUUGUCUAUGUAUUGUAUCAGAGUGUAAUAAUAACGGGUAGAAAAUGAAUGUAAUUUAAACUGCAUGUGAACUGAUGAUGUUUUUAGCCCAAGAGUUUUAUAUAUCCUUUAAUUUCAGAUCAUAAA